UACAUGUUGCUCAACUACAUGCAUCUCGAUCUGAUCAUCUAGAACCAGCUCCAGUCCGCCAACAUGGAGAAUGCGCACACUAAAUCUGCGACUGAAGUUUUAGAGAACUUCGGCGUGAACGAGAACACUGGUCUGACUCUGGAGCAGGUCAAAACCAACGUGGAGAAAUAUGGACCCAACGAGCUCCCAGCUGAAGAAGGCAAGUCCCUGUGGGAUAUGGUGGCGGAGCAGUUUGAAGACCUCCUGGUCAGGAUCCUGCUGCUAGCUGCCUGUGUCUCCUUUGUGUUGGCUCUGUUUGAGGAGGGAGAGGAGACGGCCACCGCCUUUGUUGAGCCAAUUGUUAUUCUUCUCAUCCUCAUCGCCAACGCUGUUAUCGGGGUCUGGCAGGAGCGGAACGCCGAGAAUGCCAUCGAGGCUCUGAAAGAGUACGAGCCAGAGAUGGGGAAGGUGUACCGCAUGAACCGCAAGGCUGUCCAGAGGAUCAAAGCCAGAGACAUCGUCCCGGGAGACAUCGUGGAGGUGGCAGUUGGUGACAAGGUGCCUGCUGACAUCAGAGUGACCUCUAUAAAGUCCACCACCCUGCGAGUGGACCAGUCCAUCCUCACAGGGGAGUCUGUGUCCGUCAUCAAACACACUGACCCUGUUCCUGACCCCAGAGCUGUCAACCAAGACAAAAAGAACAUGCUGUUUUCUGGCACAAACAUUGCAGCAGGCCGCGCCAUAGGCGUGGUAGUUGCUACCGGCGUUGCCACCGAGAUCGGCAAGAUCCGCAAUCAGAUGGCAGCUACGGAACAAGAGAAGACGCCGCUGCAGCAGAAGCUGGACGAGUUCGGGCAGCAGCUCUCUAAGGUCAUCUCCCUGAUCUGUGUGGCCGUGUGGGUCAUCAACAUCGGCCACUUCGGGGACCCCGUCCACGGUGGCUCCUGGGUCAGAGGGGCCAUCUAUUACUUUAAGAUCGCCGUUGCACUGGCUGUGGCCGCCAUCCCCGAGGGCCUGCCCGCCGUCAUCACCACCUGCCUGGCCCUCGGCACGCGCCGCAUGGCCAAGAAGAAUGCCAUCGUCCGCAGCCUGCCCUCGGUGGAGACCCUGGGCUGUACCUCCGUUAUCUGCUCCGACAAGACUGGCACCCUCACCACCAACCAGAUGUCCGUCUGCAGAAUGUUCGUUGCAGACAAGGUGGAAGAUUCAAACUGCAGCCUUCAUGAGUUCUCUAUAACUGGCUCUACGUAUGCCCCUGAGGGACAAAUACUGAAAGGAGACAAGCCCGUCCAGUGUGGAGACUUUGAUGGACUUUUGGAGUUGGCCACUGUGUGCUCUAUGUGCAAUGACUCUGCACUGGACUACAAUGAGGCCAAAGGAGUUUACGAGAAGGUGGGUGAAGCCACGGAGACGGCUCUCACCACCUUGGUGGAGAAGAUGAACGUCUUCAAGACGGACCUCUCCGGAAUCAGCAAGGUGGAGCGUGCCGGCGCCUGCAACUCGGUGAUCAAGCAGUUGAUGAAGAAGGAGUUCACCCUUGAGUUCUCUCGUGACCGCAAGUCGAUGUCCGUCUUCUGCACCCCCGUCAAGCCGGGCUCCCAGAGCAAGAUGUUCAUCAAGGGCGCUCCCGAGAGUGUGAUUGAGCGGUGUCAGUACCUGCGGGUGGGAACAGGGAAGGUGACACUGACGCCGGCCCUGCGCGACCAGCUGCUGUCCAAGAUCAGGGAAUGGGGGACAGGCAGGGACACCCUGCGCUGCCUGGCCCUGGCCACACAUGAUGUCCCGCCGCGCAGAGAGGACAUGGACUUGGAGAAUGCCACCAAGUUUGUACAGUAUGAGUUGGGUCUCACAUUUGUCGGCUGUGUGGGCAUGCUCGACCCGCCCAGGAAGGAGGUCAUUGGUUCGAUUAAACUGUGCAACGAGGCGGGCAUACGUGUCAUCAUGAUCACGGGGGACAACAAGGGCACAGCCGUGGCCAUCUGCAGGCGAAUCGGCAUCUUUGGAGAGGACGAGGAGGUGACGGGAAAGGCCUACACGGGCCGCGAGUUCGACGACCUGUCGCUGGACGGCCAGAGAGAAGCCGUCAAACGGGCGCGAUGCUUCGCCCGUGUCGAGCCGGCUCACAAGUCUAAGAUCGUGGGAUACUUGCAGGCAUUCGAUGAGAUUACCGCCAUGACAGGAGAUGGCGUGAACGACGCCCCGGCCCUGAAGAAAGCAGAGAUCGGCAUCGCCAUGGGCUCCGGCACAGCGGUGGCCAAGUCGGCAUCGGAGAUGGUGCUGUCUGAUGAUAACUUCUCCACCAUUGUGGCUGCCGUGGAGGAGGGCAGAGCCAUCUACAACAACAUGAAGCAGUUCAUCAGAUACCUCAUCUCCUCUAACGUGGGGGAAGUGGUCUGCAUCUUCCUGACGGCCAUCCUGGGUCUCCCUGAGGCUUUGAUUCCAGUCCAGCUGCUGUGGGUGAAUCUGGUGACCGACGGCCUGCCUGCCACCGCCCUGGGCUUUAACCCCCCAGACCUGGACAUCAUGGACAAACCCCCCCGCAACCCCAAGGAGCCUCUCAUCUCCGGCUGGCUCUUCUUCAGAUAUCUGGCCAUUGGAGGAUAUGUGGGCCUUGGAACAGUCGGUGCUGCCACAUGGUGGUACCUGUUUGAUGAAGAAGGCCCACAAGUGUCUUUCUACCAGCUGAGACACUUCAUGCAGUGUACUGAGGACAACCCCAUGUUCCAGGGCAUAGACUGUGAGGUGUUUGAGUCCCGCUUCCCCACAACCAUGGCCCUGUCUGUGCUGGUCACUAUCGAAAUGUUCAACUCUCUCAACAGUUUGUCUGAGAACCAGUCCCUGAUCAGGAUGCCUCCCUGGGUCAAUUUUUGGCUGCUGGGAGCCAUCAUCCUCUCCCUCUCCCUCCACUUCUUGAUCCUCUACGUUGAGCCUCUGCCGUUGAUCUUCCAGGUGACCCCGCUGCGCUGGGCCCAGUGGAUCGUGGUCCUGAAGAUUUCCAUUCCAGUCAUCCUCCUGGACGAGGCACUGAAAUAUAUCUCCAGGAACCAUCUAGAAGCCUAAACUCUUUUUAUCUCACCUUCUGUGAAAAGGUGAUGAGGAGAAGAAAUAUCGUAGGAGAUGGCGGCAGCUGAACUAAAACCUCUCCCUCAACAACACACUCACACACUUAGACACACCUUCCCUUUAUGAGCUAGAAACCUUUUCUCUCCCCUGUCCUCAUUCCCCACUCCUGCAUGUCCAACAAAAACCACCACUAGAAACGAGCGGGGCUUGCAUGAGAACGAGUGUGCGAGAAAGAGAGAGCAUGCGUGUUCCUGCGAGCAUGGCUUUGUACGAGUGUGUGAGUAAAUGAGCGCUGUGUGCGUGUGAACAGGCAGAUGCAGGCCUGUCUUUAUAGUUGCGAGAGCGAGAAACAACUGCAGAAAGAAAAAAGAUACCAAGGCUCUGCUUUUUAAAGAUUUCUGCUCAUCGGUUUUACAGUACAAACAUUGUGGUGCAGUAACUGGACUUUGGGGGAGGGAGGAGAGGGGAACGCAGGUUGAGAAUACUGGGUGGGAGGGGAGGGGGGGGGGAAGGAUAUUAUAAAUUAGCACAGAGACCGAAAGAGAGAUGGAGAGGCUCUGCCACUGGAGAAGAGACUGGUGUACACACUGGCAAAAGAAGAGCAUCAGCAAGAACGUGGAAGGUGAGAACAGCUGGCUCUCGAGGCGCCGUGACCGGUGCAGAGAGCCACCGUUUCUGUGUGUGUCCACAAAAACAUUACCGGUCUUCUGCCUUCCACACUACCGGCAGUGAGAUCCAGCCAGCUCUGCGGGAGCGCGGCCUUAUCCGCACAACACAAUUACAUCUCUGGCCAGUUUGUCCCAGCGUUACUCCUUCGUCGCUCCUCAUCAUUUGAUCGUGUUUUAUGAACUCUUCUUUUGCCUGUCUUGCUCUUUCUCUUUCUCUUUCUCUGUCUCUCUUUCUCGCUCUGUGCCGAGGAGGCAGCUGUGGGCCCGGGGGCAGGGUCGUGACCUUAUCGGGUUCUUAUCGUCGCUCCGCCUAAUGGUGUGAAUAGCUUUACGCCGCUUGACCGCUUCCUUCCUCUCUUUAAUUCGAGGAGCUGAGGUCAGCUCACAGACUUGUCAAACAUAUAUAUAUAUAUAUUAAAACAAAUAAAAAAUGUCAAACCGCAACCAAACCAGCAUAUCAGUAGAGUAGUUGUCAGCCAGCCCGCCCAGCUGGUCUUGUUAAGCCUCACUUUAAUGUCCAUCUGCUGUGCUGCCAUUGCAGUUUUAGCCGUCAAAUGUCUAAAUUAAAGGCAGAGAUGAGCAACAGGAUGAAGCACCAGGACAUUUUGUACAUAAUAAUUGUCUCGGAGCAUCACGUUGUUUAUCUGCUUUUAAUUUAUUCAGUUAUAGAGUGCUACAGGAAUGACUCCUAAAACCCGGAAAUGAGUUAGCAUUUUAGCACUUCCGGUUCCCUCGUCUGGAAGUCAAUGGGUUUUUAGUUAGAUGCCUGAAAUAAGGUCUGUGGUUAACACAAGCUGAAGAGAUUUGUUCUACGAUAUAAAAUACGUCAGUAUAUACCCCAAUCUUGAAUUUUGAAGUCUUAGCCUAUAGUUCGUCUAUAGCUUAACAUUAGCUUUUUACUUCUGCCGAUUGCAUACACGCUUCAGAAAUCAUAAAAGUGGUGUUCAUUUGUGAAGAUUAUCUUGCUGAACAAAACGUGUAAGUAUCAUAAACGUGUGUUUGCCACAGAACUUAUUUUCUGCAAUAAUCCAAAACCCAAUGUAAAAAUCCCAUUGGCUUUUUGUCAAGGGAACCACGGUGAUGCUAACCUCCUGGUUGGCCUACAAAAAUACCCCUAGAGCACUCUAUUUGUAACCCUGCACCAGCGCUUAUGUAUGUGUGUGCGUAUAGCCUUACUUGAAUUAGUUUGUCUGAUUUGACUUGAUCGGUCGUCGCAUCGCACAGAUGAUGUAGUUAACGUAAGUUAAGGGUAAACUGCUCGAUUGUGUCAGUCUCACUUGGUCACGAAUCAUUUAUAUAUUUAACAUCCAUGCCUUAUACAGCCCACUGCACCUCCACAUUGAAUAUGUGGUCGACAUGAAUGUGUUUCUGCUAGCCUUUAAUCAGCCUUUUCCCC